AUGUUGACGCGACGCCUUCUUCGACGGGAGAUUACCUAUGAAUCUACCAGGGCAACCACAAGGGUCGCCACGGCGACGUGCAAGAAGCGGCUUCAUUCUAAUCGAGGCGACGACGACCACCAGGAUCCCGAAGCAUCAUUUCCUGAUGCAAAACGACAGCGCCGGAAGAAGAAACCAAAGUUUACGACCAAGUCUCUUCCUCGUCCGGUGGGCGAUUCCUACGCCGUUUCGUAUGGAUGUUCCCGCGACUUCCACGAGGUCCGCGGGCGAGCCAUCCUCACGGUCGCAUCCAAUGGACUGAAGCCAGCAUAUUAUUUCACAUUUGUGCCCGACGCUUGUCCGAUGCUAAUUCACCCCCCUUCGGCCGAUACUUCAGGAAAACAAAGGCCAUACUCGUCCGAUGAAAACGCACUUUUGUGCAUCAUCCCUCCAAGUCCACUACUCAACCAAAUUACGCCACAAGGCCACCACUGGAAGAGAACAAAGAUGCCGAUGAGAGGCACUAACGUCGAGAGCGCUGGGGCCAAAGCCAGCCUAGCCGAAAGUGGCCGGCAAGCGUAUCCAGUGUAUUAUCUACUUUCCGCAGCGCUCGACCUUGACAAUGGGCUGGGCACGCCUUGCACAGGGGCUGGUGCAACAGGACGGAGGUCUGUCGGUUUGUUUCGCGCCUUUGAGCUACUGUCGUGCUAUAUGAGAAGGAAUGCUCCUUCAGCACCCUCUCCUCUCACUCCUCAGCCUCGCCAGUCAUGGAACGUUUACAGUUUCAAUACGUGGUCAUUUGAGGCUGCGCUGCCACGGUGCAGGUCCGAUCUCAAGAGAACCGCUGGUAUUACGCCCCCUACGGUGGAAAAGGAAGGCGGCGGCUUGCGGUCGUCUCUUCGCUCGACAAGGCCGCUAAAUAACACCAACAAUCCCCGAGUGAUCUCCAGGAAAGGCAUGCCAUGGUUACCCGAGGAGGAGGACCUCUGGACGACGGUCGUGAGACGGUUGCUGGAGGAUGCCGAUGUCCGAGUGGAUGUCAGGGAUCACGAGGGAAUCGACGCUCUGAAGGCGGCGGAGAAUCGGCAUCAUCAUGAUGUUGUUGGCCUCCUACAGGCUUUCCGAGAGGGCCAUCACCGCGUCGACGGUAUCUUUGCCAAACCUGACCUGCCUAGGCCCUGA